AUGAAUAUAUACUCUGUCUUCUCAUAUAUCAUCUUACUAACGUUGUGUCAGGCUAUCGAAAUUUCACACGAUGUUUUACAAACAGGGUCAAUCACAUACAAUGAACCGGUUACAAUCGAUGCGGAUAAAUCAUUGAAAAUUACAUCAGGAACCAAUGUCAACUUCAUGGAUUCUUUGGAUGUUGAUGGUAACCUGUGUGUUUCAUCAAAUUAUAUUAAUGUCACUGGGGCUAUCACGAACUCGCACAACAUAUACCUAUACAACCCUGGGACGUAUAGUAAAACUAGUGGAACCAACAUAUCUGCGAAGUCAAUCCUAAACGAAAAGGAGGGACUUUUGACCGUACAAAAUAGUGUGUAUCAAGCCAAUGAACUGUUUGGGGCCUCAGACAGUUUUAUCAAUGAAGGUAUUAUAAAUAUCGAAACAUUUUUCCCCAAUAUGAGUAUUUAUGGGCCAGGAUCCGGUAUUGAAAAUACCGGAACGAUCGCUUUAAGUGGUGGUAACAUUACGCUUUCAAGUUCAGUUACUGGUGGAGGCUGUAUUGCAUUUCUUGGAGGCAUUACUACAUUUUAUCUUGACUCGACGAAGGAAAUAGACCAAACGUUUUGGUUACAAGAAGGGAGGGAGUUCUAUGUUAUUCGUGGUUCAUAUACAAAACCUUUAGUAUUUCGAGGAUUUAAUAAAGGUUCAUCGAUCCGCUAUCAAGGAUCGACUAAAACAAAAAUACAGAAUUGGAAUUAUAAUCCUGCAAAUGGUUCCAUGGUCAUCAAUAUAAGCUCCUCUGGUGCUUCAUCAGAUAUAAUCAAUAUAGAUUUCGGCCCAGGUUAUAACGCAUCACUGUUUACUGUCGGUAUAAACUCGGUAAGUAUUACUGGGAGUGACGGUAUGAUGCAACGUUAUGUGACAGUUAAAUAUAAUGGGGAAACGCCAGAAACUACACUACCUUCUGAAUGUAGGUUACCAAGUAGCAUGGAUUAUGGUCAAUGCUCGGUUCUUCACCUUUCUAGUUCCUCAUCUCUCCCACCACCAUCAUCGUCAUUAUCAUCAUCAUCUUCUUCAUCAAUCAAAGCCACACAAGUUUCAUCUAGUCAAGAGUCCACCCAAGCAUCUUUAAAUGAACAUGAAACAAGCUCGAGAUGUAGUAUUACAAAUACAAAGACUGAAUUUGAAACUACAAUUUACACAACCCAUCGGGAAUACGUUACUGGGACCAAUUCAGUACCAAUCACACUUUAUUCUAAAGUAGUAACAUAUUUUGUUGCUGCAAAUCACACGCAGACAUUGUCGAGCAGCUAG